AGAACACAAGAUCAGAUUACAAGAUGGCGGCCAGUAGAUGUUAGCGAGGAGGCCGUAGGAGUUGUUGUGCUCAGUGUGAAUAACCAUUUGAAGCUAAAGCCGCCUUUUCAGUUAUUCACCGUCGUUAAACUAAUGAGUAUAUGAAUCAGUGGUGAUAUUUAAUUUAACUAAAUUUUGCUUUGACGCGCAUGGUUCUGUAACAUGCUGGUAAAAACAAAGUUUACAGUUCGAGGUUUGAGAAAUCAAUAGUGGUUGUUGGCAAAUAGCUAGCUUGCUAGCCCGGUUCCGUUAAUCAUGUCGGACACUCGGCGGCGAGUGAAGGUUUAUACGCUCAAUGAAGACCGUCAAUGGGACGAUAGGGGCACCGGACACGUCUCCUCAACGUUUGUUGAACGGUUAAAAGGAACUUCUUUGUUAGUUCGAGCGGAAUCUGACGGAUCUCUCUUAUUGGAGUCAAAGAUCAGCCCAAACACAGCAUAUCAGAAACAACAGGAUACCCUGAUUGUCUGGUCUGAGGCAGAUAACUAUGACCUUGCCCUAAGUUUCCAAGAAAAGGCUGGCUGUGAUGAAAUCUGGGAAAAAAUUUGUGAGGUUCAGGGAAAGGAUCCUGCUCUUGACAUCACCCAGGACCCUAUCGAUGAGUCAGAGGAGGAGCGCACCGAUGAGAUCCCAGAGACUAGUCAUCUGGUGGAGCUCCCUCCCUGUGAGUUGGGUCGACUAGAGGAGAUAGCGGACCUGGUUACUUCUGUCUUGUCUUCACCAAUUCGUCGGGAGAAACUUGCCUUGGCCCUCAUGAACGAGGACUACAUUAAGAAACUUCUGGGUCUCUUCAGAGUAUGCGAGGACCUGGACAACCGAGAGGGCUUACAUCACCUCUAUGAGAUUGUCCGUGGUGUCCUGUUCCUCAACAAAGCAGCGCUCUUUGAAGUCAUGUUCUCUGACGACUGCAUAAUGGAUGUAGUCGGUUGCCUCGAGUACGACCCUGCACUGGUUCAGCCCAAGAGACACAGGGAAUUUCUGACCAAAACAGCCAAGUUUAAGGAGGUGAUUCCCAUCACAGACUCUGAGUUGCGGCAGAAGAUCCACCAGACCUAUAGAGUGCAGUACAUCCAGGACAUCAUCCUGCCCACACCUUCUCUGUUUGAGGAGAACUUCCUGUCCACACUCAACUCGUUCCUUUUUUUUAACAAGGUGGAAAUUGUCAGUAUGUUGCAGGAGGAUGAGAAGUUCCUCACAGAAGUCUUUGCACAGCUUACAGAUGAAGCCACAGACGACAGUAAAAGGAGAGAGCUGGUGAACUUUGUCAAGGAAUUUUGUGCUUUUUCACAAACCCUGCAACCACAAAACAGAGAUGCAUUCUUCAAAACCCUGGCCAAUCUGGGCAUCUUACCUGCUCUGGAGAUAGUCAUGGGCAUGGAUGACCUGCAGGUGAGGGCAGCAGCCACAGACAUCUUCUCUUACCUGGUGGAAUUCAGCCCCUCCAUGGUCAGAGAGUUUGUCAUGCAGGAACCCCAGCAGACAGAUGAUGUGAGAGUCUUGACCUCUGUUGACCUAAAGCCAUUUAAAAUUCAUUUUUCAUUUUUGCUGACUGUACACUUUUUGUAUGUACAGGAUGUUCUGCUGAUAAACGUGGUCAUCAAGCAGAUGAUUUGUGACUCUGACCCAGAGUUGGGUGGAGCAGUCCAGCUGAUGGGUUUACUCAGGACUCUCAUCGACCCCGAGAACAUGCUGGCGUCAACGAAUAAAACUGAGAAGACAGAGUUUCUGAGUUUCUUCUACAAGUACUGCAUGCAUGUGCUGACAGCGCCUCUGCUGGCCAACACUGCACAUGACAAAAACUCAAAAGAGCUGCAGGAAGGUUCAGCUAAGAUCAACCCAGUCUGCCCAGACAACUUCCAGACUGCGCAGCUGUUGGCGCUGAUCCUGGAGCUUCUAACCUUCUGUGUGGAGCACCACACCUACCACAUCAAGACCUACAUCAUGAACAAAGAUCUACUCAGGAGAGUGCUGGUGCUCAUGAACUCCAAGCACACCUUCCUGGCUCUCUGUGCCCUGCGUUUCAUGCGGCGGAUCAUUGGUCUGAAGGACGAGUACUACAACCGCUACAUCAUCAAAGGGAACCUGUUUGAACCAGUCAUUAAUGCCCUGCUGGACAACGGCACACGAUACAACCUCCUGAACUCAGCCAUCAUCGAACUGUUUGAGUUCAUUAAAGUGGAGGACAUCAAAUCCCUCAUAGCUCACAUUGUGGACAACUUCUACAAGGCCCUCGAGUCGAUCGAGUACGUCCAGACGUUCAAGGGUCUGAAGGGUCGUUACGAGCAGGAAAAAGACAGACAGAGCCAGAGACUCAGCAGCAGAUAUCGAAGAGACGCUCGCUCAAUGGAUGAGGACGAGGAGUUGUGGUUCAAUGAUGAUGAAGAUGAUGACGACGGAGAACCUGUAGAGAAGAGGAUGGAGGAUGACUUUUCAGACAGCUAUGGCAAAUACAUGGAAGCCAAGAAGGGAGCUGCUAACGGAGCUAACGGUGCCAACGGUGGGAAAACAGGAAUUCCACCUUCAUCAGCUGCUGUCAGUUCAAACAGCUCUACUUCCUCCCUCAAAGCAGUCAGUCUUCCUGCCACUCCAGUCGUGAAGACUGCUGUGGUUGGUUUGGUGGACUACCCAGAUGACGAGGAUGAUGAAGAGGAAGAUGAAGAGGAAGAACAGACACCAAGGAAGCGUCCUCGUCUAAGCUCUUAAGGUUAAUUGUCCUCAGUUUGGUUGUGGUGGAUAGACACUGAGUCCCUCCUACCCUGGUCUCAUUGGUCCGUGGACUGCCUGUCAGUCUGACUGAUGAUGAGCCCCCGCCUCAGUCGGUCUCUCUGACUCCUGCCUCUGUUUGCUGCAGUCACAGUACGAGAUGUUUUCUCUUCCUGACUGGAAGUACACGGCAUUUAUUUGUUUAGUUGUUUUUUUGUUGUUGUUUGUUUGUUUUUUUUCAACUCUGUUUUGCCAACAUCCUCAGACAGGAGAACUAAAAAAAUCUGUUAGUUUUUUUUUCCUGAGUUUCUUCUUCAUUUCACACAUUAGUCGCCUGACAGUUCAAACAUCAGUCUGAGCAGCUGCUCCCUCCACGUCCUCCUCGUCCAUCGUACUCACUACAGACUAGAGGCUGCAGUGGAAAUCCGUGCCAAGGCAGUUUCCGAACCUGCCCCGUUGCUAUAGCAACAACAGCAAGGUAGCUGCGGUACUGCAGCAAUCCCACAGGAACCCUGCCAUGUCCUGAUAUGAACUCUACCUUAGACUCUCCUGGAACCAGGACCAGUGGGCUCCAGAGACGGAGACGAUCCAGAACACAACCAACCAGCCAGUCAGGCUAGCAGGACUAGCCCUCAGUACCGAUGGGAGCUUGACUGGCAGAAUCUGUGUGUAUGUGUAUGUGUGUGUGUGUGUGAAAGAGAGUGAGAGAGCGCUGCCUGACCACAGAACUGUUCACUGAACUGAACCGUUGGUGCUAAAGGAUCCAGGCCACAGGGAAGAGUGAAGAAUCAGUUCUGCAGAAGUGACAGAAGAAGGAAUGGAAUGGUGUGAUGUUCUGGGAUCAGUUCCAGAGGAGCAGGACUCAGACCGUUUGAUGCCAUGGUGCCAGUCCAGGCCAAGGCACAAACAGAAUACACACCGCUUCACACACAGGACCGACCGGACCAGCAGUCCUGUAUUUCAUGUCUUUGUUAGAAAUCGACUGUACAGAUGUUUGUUUUGUUUUUUCUCCUCUUUUUAAUCAUUUGCGAUUGUUCUGAUUUUUAAAGGGACAGCGAUGCCUACUGACCUGUUUUUUUUUAGCACAAGAAUGUGGGGUCACAUGUUCACUCCCCUGCAAUUGGUUGUAAUAUGCUGGUUUUAAAAAGAUGACAGUAAACCGCAGUGAUUCUAUGUUUUCAGUCAAGAAAAUGUGUAUUUUUGAAGGUUUAAGAAUUCAGAUUUUUCACUGGGGAGGGUUCACACUUUAGACUUCCCUGAUUCAGAUCACACUGACACCUUCAUCACUGGACCAAAGAACCUGUGUGUGGACAGGAGCAGCACCUCAUCUCCUCGGUUUCUCCUCCUCUGCUCCUCUUCAAUCACUUACGUUUGUGAACUUCGUUUGCGUCUUUUCUACCUCUGACAGCAAUGAGUCACAUGAUUCUGAUUUGAUUCAGUUCAUUUUAGGGAAGUAUCAUGGUUAGAUGAUGAUGAGCGUAGACGCACCUGAAGACGCUGCACCUCAAGAUCAGUCUGUCCAUCAUCCACCGACAUGCGACCACGUCUGGUCCAGAAAUUUCACAUUUCAGUCCAAAACCAAACCUUUCCUUCUUAACUGCAGGAUUUUAAAGAGUUUCAAAGGUCAGACGUGAGCUCUGACUGAUUUUAAAACUUUGAAUUCAGAUGUGAAGCAUGAAAGCGCCAUCUGAAUGACGAUGUUUUACCCCAGAGAUGAUGAUGUCACUGAGGUGAAUGUUCUCAAAGGUCAGAGGUCACAAAUGCAGGUUUUCAGAAGCUCAAAGGCACUGAGGCAGUGGAAGUCUUCAGUCUAUGUACUUCCAUAAUGAAGUCAUUUCAAGUGCAGUUACCUCCCCCCACCACCGGCCACGCUCAGCAUUUGUAAGAAUUUGAUACAUUUUGAAAUUAAACCUGACCCUGACACUCA